AUGGCUACCAAGACUACAAAUGUAAAAAUGAAUAGACAAGAUGAAAGACCAAAAGAGGAGAAUAGACAGGGAAGAGAAAUGAGAGAGAAAAUGGAUGGGGAAAAAAGAGAAACAGCAACUAUUGUCUCAGGAAAAGUUGCUGAACUUAAAGAAACCUCUACUCUCUCCAUGCUGUCUGUUGACAUGGAAAACAAGGAGAAUGGCUCGCUGGAUGUCAAAAAUUCAGUAGAGAAUGGGAGACCUCCUGACCCUGCUGACUGGGCUGUCACUGAUGUCGUAAAUUACUUCAGAACAGCAGGAUUUGAAGAACAAGCCAAUGCUUUUCAAGAACAGGAAAUUGACGGCAAAUCAUUGCUACUGAUGACAAGAAAUGAUGUAUUGACUGGACUUGCGUUAAAACUGGGGCCAGCUCUGAAAAUCUAUGAAUAUCACGUAAAGCCUCUACAGACACAACAUCUAAAGAACAAUUCUUUAUAGCAAAUGGUCUAAUUGGGGUCCUGUUGUGCCUCCAAUAACAAUAAAUAAGCAAUUUGGUUUCAUGUGAUGGAACUUUGUAAAGAGAGAAUAUAUGUCUUAAGAAUUUAAACCAAAUGGAAAUGAUAUAUAUCCUAUUGGAUAGAUUUGGCAAUAUACUGUACUAUGACUGAACUGAGGGAUGGUGUGGAUUUUCACAUGGUACAUAAUGAUUUUCUCUUCCAGCUCCCUAAACAGAAUACAUUGAGAUGAUUAAGUCAGAUUCUGAACAAAAAGUGAAGAAAGGGAGUUCUUCAUUUCUAAGCCAAACAAGAGGUUAAUUUUCAAGAUUUACUUAAAGUACUCUUAAA